CCGGAGUCCCUGCGAAGCCAGCUUCCCUCUUCCCUCCUAAAAAACUAGUAUGGUGAAUUGCAGAGUAGCCAUUUCACUCAAUUUAAAAUUAUAGAUUCUACGGGUUGACUUUUGCAUAUUUAGGGUUUGAAGAGCUUUUGAAAUAUCGUAACAUAAAAACUGUUAAAUAUAUUGAUGUUUAUACUAUUAUUUGUUUCUUUGUUUCAUAUCAUUAAAAAUAUUUUAAACGGUUGUGAUGAACUUAUUGUGUUUCUCUUAUUGGUCAUCCUGCUUUAAAUAAAUGGUAAUGGAAGUGUUUUGUAGGCAAAUUGUAUCUGUGAAAAAGCUUAAUAUUUCGUGCUGAUCGAAGCAAAUACAGAUGUAAAGAUGGUCAACUAAACUGCUUCCUUUCAUAAGAAAUUCAGUGAAGAUUUGCAUUUUAAUAAUUCAACAUUAUUAUCACAGGCAGCUAAAAUUCUGUUCCUGCUUGAACAUUACCUAUUACCAAUUAUAGUGCAUUUACUAGGAAUAGAUAAGACACGAUGGCUACAAGUGGAGCUACACCGAAGAAAGUGAAGAAAGUGGAAGGUGGAAAUGCCACAGGAGAGAGUGAGACUAGAGACUACGACGUUGAGACGCAGAAAGCCUUGGAAGAGAUAGAUGCCUGUCAGAACGAGAUUGAUGCCCUGAACGAGAAAGCCAGCGAAGAGAUCCUUAAAGUGGAGCAGAAGUACAACAAACUUCGAAAACCUUUCUUUGAAAAGAGAAAUGAUAUCAUAAAAAGAAUACCUAACUUUUGGGUCACUGCCUUUGUGAACCACCCUCAGAUUUCUUCCAUUCUAGAAGAGGACGACGAAGAUUGCUUGCAUUUCCUGUCGAAGCUGGAAGUUGAAGAAUUCGAGGACAUCAAGUCAGGAUACAGGAUCAGUUUCCAUUUCGACACAAAUCCAUAUUUUGAGAAUGACGUGCUUACGAAGGAAUUCCACCUGGGAUCGUCCGGGGACCCAGCAUCCCAGAGCACUCCCAUCCGGUGGAAGGAAGGCAACGACCUGACGAAGAAGGCGAGGGAAUCUGCCGGGAAAGGGCGCAAGCGCGGCGCCCAUCAGGAGUCGUUCUUCGGCUGGUUCACGGACCACGGAGACCCGUCGGCGGACGACAUCGCAGAGGUGAUCAAGGACGACAUGUGGCCCAACCCCCUGCAGUACUACCUGGUGCCCGACAUCGAGGUGGAGAACGGCGUGGAGGGAGAGGAAGAAGGCAGCGACGAGGACGAGAAUGACGACCCCAACGUUGUUGUGGUGGAAGAGGAGGAGGACGAGGAGGGUGAUGAUGAUGGAGAAGAUGAGGAUGUGAUGGUGGAGGAUGAAGAAGAUGAGGCAGAGGGGGAGGUGGUGGAGGAGGGGGAGGAAGGAGAUGAAGACUGAUGUGAUAGAGUGGAACACAGGGACUACACAAACAGACAAACUUCGUGGAGUAGUUAAUAACACUUGGUUAUCUUUCCAGCCAAGCAAGGUGUCUGUAAGUGCGGUAAUCCAAACACAUCAUCAAAUCCAAACUUCUUCCUGGAUCUUUUGUUACUGAGUCUGCCAUUCAUGAAACCUUCUGUGACUUUAGGAUUCCAUUCACGUGUAGAACAAUUUGCAAGAAUAGGAUUAUAGUUCUGAAUAUUUCCCUGGAAUGUUUUUCUUAUAGUUUUUUUUAGACUUAACAUUAAUUUGUUAUUUUACUGUUCAAAAUAUAUUAUUUUUGUUCUGAAAUUAAUUUCAAUUUUCUUAUCUUUGAAAGGUGUUGGAGUACAAUAGAUAAAUUGGUCAGAUCUAAAUGUUUAACUUAGUAAUUUAAGAAAGCUGUAUUUGGGUUAUUAUAUUUACAUUGGUUCAGCAUAUACCUAUGCCAAAACAUUUUGUUCCGAAUUUCUGAAAUAUUUCUUAUUGAGUGUGCACAGAGGCACGAUAGUUGUUGUGUAGUGUCUACUCCUUAAAAUAACACAUUUGUAGAUAAAUUGUAUACAAACAAAGAAGUUGUGUAGCUGUUUAACAAUAAUUUUAUAAUCAGCAAGUGAGGAGCCAACCUUGUAUACUGUGAUUGUGGGUUUUUUAUGACAGCUGUUUAAUUUUUUUCAAAAUACAUUUUGUACAUUACUGCAUUUUGAGAGCCAUAUUUUUCUAAAGUCCAUAGAGUUCUAACAGUCUUUGAAUGGAAGGUCUUAAAAAAUCUUAAUUUCAGUUUUUCGUUAAAAUUUUAUUUGCCUGUCUCUUGAAUGCAGUACGCAACAGAUCUUAUUUUAGGUCUUUAUUGUUUUUUUAUUUUAAUUUUAAAUGGUACACAUGUAACAGUUGAAUACAAAUAUAAAAUAAUUACCUAGGAUGGGGUAUAUUCUUUUAACUCAUAAAGAAAAGAAACCAUAAAAUUAUAGCUCAAAUCAAUAAAAAAAUUAUUAUGACUCUGACCCUUGAAUGGUCCUUACCUGUAAGAACCUUGUAUUCAAAGGCAUUGUUAUUUGUGUUUCUAUUUGAACUUUGUAUGGUGUGGUCUUAACAGAAGUGAAUGUUGCUUCAGGAAACACCUGAACUUCUACAAGACAUUUGACAUAUACCACAUUAUUAUUUCUAGAAUAUAUGUUAAUAAGUAACAGAAUUGAUGACAUUAAUUUUGCAUGUUAAAUGAAACCAUAGACAUUCAACUUGCAGAUGGCACUCCCAUUUUUUUUAUAUUGAGAAUGGGCUAUUAAAGACUAACAACAGGAUCCCCAUACGUCUCUUCUCUGGUCUUUCAUUCACAUAAUAAGAAUUUAUAGUGUGCGAGGAUUUAAUAUUUUAAUUUGGGGUUUUUAAUGAAUUUUUAACUUAUUAUUUAGUUUCAUAAUACUCUGAACAUAGCCUUGAAUGUAGAUCAAGUAUUUUUAGUAAAAAUUUAAUGUUACUCUUGUUUUGUAAGUCUCAAGUUAAAAAAAUUUUUUAUUAAGGUCAGAAUACAAGAGCAAUUAUUAAUGUUGUUUGGGUAAUGCUCCUUCAGUUCACUGCAUACUUAACUGUUCAUAACAGCAUUAUUUGUGAUGUUUAGUUAUUUUUUUGUUCUCUUGCCCAAAAAUAUUAUAUGCCUACCCAAUAUUUAUUAAUUAUUUUCUCACAUCUCUUUCAUUUUGAGAAAUAGUUUAUUUUCUUCCUUAAUUGUAACUGAAAACAAUUUCAAUUGACAAAUUAAAUUUCACAUCCUAAAAUAUUUGUUUCCUUUUUGAACACAUACUAUGUUGGCACACCUUAAACCCGUGGGAAGAUAAUGGCCUAUGCUUACAAAAUGUCAUUUUACUAGUCGCAUCAAGAGUUAAUGGUUAUAAUGUAUUGAAUUAUAGCUGAAACACAAAAUAACCUUCAGUGUGUUUGUAAAGCCACCACAUCCACUGUUUUCAGUGACAUUUGGGAAAAUUAGGACGGAGAUAAACUGGAAGUCCUUACAACUUGAAAGUAAAUGUUUUGUUCAUUUGGAAAUCCAUAAGUGAGAUUAAGGGUCACUGGAAUCUGGAUGUACAGCAACCAUUAGUAACAAUGACUCAAUUUAGUGAAUGAACUGUAUUAAGAGAGGAUCAGAAAACUUAAAAGAAUAAAAGAGGGCACCAUUUAUUGGAGGGAGAGAACAAACUAUAUAUAUAUAGUUUGUUUUAUAUAUAUAUAGUUUGUUAUAUAUAUAUAGAAAUAUAUAUAUAUAUUUCUAUAUAUAUAUAUAUUUCUAUAUAUAUCAUAGGCACAGUUUUCUCAGAACUACACUGUAAGAACUUAUUUUCUUUGCUAUAUAGGGCAAUAGGCCUAAUUUCUGUUAUUUUUUUUUUAAUCUCAUUUUUUUAGUAUUGGCUAUUACUUCUUUUGAAAAUAUUCACACAUAUUUCACUGUCUUAAUCUGUUGUGUACUCUGCUGUAAAAAUCAAUGUGUUUGUUUGCAGUAUUUGCUCAUGUACUUGGGUUGGCUUUCUUGUGUCUGUUAGAAUGUAUUAAGUAUGUAAAUAAAGUAGCUGUGUUUCAUGUAGUGGUGUCCACAGUUUUUGCAAGUAAGAUUUUUUUUCUUUUAAAAUAUUCACAUUUUAAAAUCUAUUUACUGUGUUGUACUGGAAACAAAUUUCCAGUCCUGAGAUAGGUUUGGUGAAAAAAGUGGAACUUUAAAAACUUAAUUGUUUAGUUUUAGUUUUUCAUUUUUAAUGCUAGUUAUGUCAAAACAAUAAUAAGUUGAGUAAGUCAAAUAUUUAUUUGUAAACUCUUAUUUUUGUAACUAAGAUUGUAAAUUAAUUUUAUUUUGGUCUACUACGUCCAAUAUUCUGUAUGAAUAGUGUUCAAGUUUUGUAAUGUGUUUCCGUGGUAACCAGAUGCUGCAUUCAACUCAACACCUAAGUGUAUCAUUCAUUCUGUAAGAGGUUUUUUUUAUAAUAAAUAUUGUCCCAAUAUUAACCUAGUCUUCGAAAGUUACAGUUAUGGUAUUAUAUAAAAUUCUCUUUUUACCUUUCAUUGACACUUAAAUUUAAUGGUAUAGAAAAAUGUAUCCUUUAAAUGGGAGGCAUCUUAUUGUUGAUGUUGGCAAAAAUUUUUUGAAACUACUAGUAGUGUGUGCCUUUUUGGUGAAAUCCUUGUGUAGAUUGGUUUCUCAAAUGAAGCAUGCCAAGUUGUGCCCCAAUUGUCUCGUUUAACAUUUUCUGUAUCUAAUUCCUGUGUUUGUAGAAAAUGUAAUGCAAUUUUCUCUUUGCAGCAAUGUAAAAACUUUGUACUGUGUAACGAGAGAUCUUGUAGACAGCAGGUUGUGUUAAAAAGGAUUUACAAAAAAAAAUUGAAGAUAAUUCAAUUUUUAUAUGCACAGAUUGAAAAAGACUUUAAAUGCACAGAUGCUGCUUAAAAAUAAAAAAAGUUAGCAAGAUCAUUAAAAUGAAGAUGUCAGUCCCAAAAUCAGGAUAUCUUCUAAGUUUUGUUGGUAGUCAAUGAACAUUUGCCAAGUUGACAGAUGCAGCUUUCUGUUUGGUAUUGUAAACGUAGAUUGUGGCUUUCAAACUGGAAGUAACUUGUUUUGAUAUUUUUAUUAAAGGAUUCUUACAAGCUGAUUUAUUGUCAUCUAUUUUGCAGUUAGUGAUUGUGUCUUUCAAUUAAAGUAAUUUUCUUGUAAGUUUCAGUUGCAUCGGUAACUUUCUUUCUAGAGCUAAAUAAUUUCCUUUUAUGGCAUGCACACAAAAUUAAGUUUUAAUUUUCGUAUUUGUAAUAUUGUAAAUAAUUAGCCAGCUAUUAUGGAAACUGGACUAGAAUUGCACUUGUGGGUAGCAGGGUCAAAGUACACCUUUAAUUAGGUUAGGAUAUUUUUAUUCCUUUUCAAUUUUAUUGGGUGAAAAGAUUUGAAUUAAUGGAGAAAAAUGUUGAGUUCUGUUUCAUUUAUGAUUCCAAAAUUUUUGUUUAUUCUUUAUACAAAACUCAUAGUUAAUGGUUGCAAGGUCAAUAUCCUUAGCAAUGCAGCAAGUAAUGCUGGUUGUAAAAUUGGGUCUCUUGCAUAAUGUGUUUGUACUGCUACACAACUCUUGUAAAAAUUUAAUAUUUGGGAAGUAAAAUGAAUCAGGAUUGUGAACAAUUGCUAGUUAACAUUUAUUUAUGUGACAUGCAUAGUUAUUCUAUGCAUUCUUAAUUUUCAGGCAUAUUUUUUUAUUUGUUCAAGUUAUAAAAAUCAGUCACAUUUGUCUUAUGAAUGUCCUAAACUUGUAACGUGUGUAAAUUUGUGUCAUUUCAUCGAAUAUGAGAAUAAAAUUUGACAGUUAUGUAUUUGGUGCUUGGUAUUGUUUAAAACAUUUCCAUCAGUAUCUGUGCUGUCUGUGGACUAUCAAAUUUUAUUUACUUGUGUGCUUCUUUGGAGAAAAAAAAAAUAUUAUAAAUUUUUUUUUUGUGACUUUAAACUUUUCUGGUUAGUGUAGUUUUUUUUUUUUAGUUUUUUUCCAGUGACAAGUUUUACCAUUUUAGAAAAAAAUUCUGGCAUUUUAUUUUGAAUUUAUCUCCAACAAUUUUUAAGACCUUGGUAUAUAACAUAUAAGAUUUUUCUAUUUAAAAAUCACAAAUAUCAAUUUUGUUUAGUAUAUUGCUAAUCAAGUUUUAAAUUAAAAUAAAAAUUAUUAUAAUGGGGAAAUUCAACUAUACAUCCAAAUGCAGUUAUUUACAUUACCUCAAAAAAAUUAAUAACCGGAUUAUGUGGAAAAUUUGAAUUUUAAGUAUUUUGAAUGGAAUGAAAAUGUCUGGUUUGGUUGCUUUUUAUGUGUUUGUUGUAUUGCAUGUUUGGAGUAUUAAAAACACCCUGGUAUUUGUGCUUUGUAUGUGUUGCUGUGUCAAUUGUACAUUUACAGUAUAUGUUCAGAACACAAUAAUAUAUGUACUUGUAAAAA